GUGUUGCGCUGUUUGUGUUGGCACUUAUGCUAACAAGCUAAGCUUUAGUAUGCGUAUUGAAUUGCUAGAUGAUAUACUGGUGGGUACAGGGAAACCACGUCUUUCAUCGCCCAUUACAUUCAGCUAGGAUUGUCAAAGUUGUAUUAGCCACUCUCUCAGGACCAGACUGUCAUACUCUAAACAUGGCUAUGAGGAGCGAAGCCAGAGACGAGGCAGAGGUAGAGGUGGAAGACAACUAUGGACCACAACCUCUGUGCAGACUAGAGCAAUGUGGAAUCAGUGCCAGUGACAUCAAGAAGUUGGAGGAUGCAGGUUUCCACACGAUUGAGGCAGUGGCCUAUACACCUAAGAAGGAGUUGCUGAACAUCAAGGGCAUCAGUGAGGCCAAAGCUGACAAAAUUCUGGCUGAAGCUGCCAAAUUGGUGCCAAUGGGCUUCACAACAGCCACUGAGUUCCACCAGAGGAGAGCAGAAAUCAUACAGAUUUCUACAGGCUCAAAGGAGCUCGACAAGCUACUACAAGGUGGCAUUGAGACAGGCUCCAUCACAGAGAUGUUUGGAGAGUUUCGGACAGGGAAGACUCAACUGUGCCACACACUAGCUGUCACCUGUCAGCUGCCCAUUGAUCAGGGGGGUGGAGAAGGUAAAGCCAUGUACAUUGAUACAGAGGGAACCUUCAGACCAGAGCGACUCCUUGCUGUAGCAGAGAGAUAUGGGCUGGUUGGCAGUGAUGUUCUAGACAACGUUGCCUAUGCCCGAGCCUUUAACACAGACCAUCAGACCCAGCUGCUGUACCAAGCGUCUGCCAUGAUGGCUGAGUCAAGGUAUGCCCUACUGAUAGUGGACAGUGCCACUGCUCUGUACAGAACAGACUACUCGGGUAGAGGAGAGCUGUCGGCCAGACAGGGACACCUGGGACGUUUCCUCCGAAUGCUGCUCAGGCUGGCAGACGAGUUUGGCGUUGCCGUGGUGAUAUCAAACCAGGUGGUAGCACAGGUAGAUGGGGCAGCCAUGUUCUCUGCAGAUCCCAAGAAACCAAUCGGUGGCAACAUUCUGGCUCAUGCCUCCACCACACGUCUGUACCUUAGGAAAGGUCGAGGAGAGACGAGGAUCUGUAAAAUCUACGACUCGCCCUGCCUGCCAGAGGCUGAAGCCAUGUUUGCUAUCAAUGCUGACGGAGUGGGCGAUGUCAAGGACUAAGUGGGCAGAGAGAGGAAGCUACAAGCUGCUGGAGUCGAAAGCCCUCUGCCUUUAAACUGGCAUCUCCUGUGUGGAGGAUGUCACUCUGUGCCAGAAGGAGAGCCAGCUCCCCACUGGGAACUUCAGUCACCAGCUGCGACCUACCCUGAUCAUCUUCCUCCUCCUCCUCCUCCUCCAACUCUCUACAUUCAUCCACCUCCUCUUCCUGGGAGUCUUCCUGGCGGAGCGUGAUGACUGUGGCACAGCUCCCGUCUUCAUCCUCCUCAGACUCCUGCUCAGGCUCCUUCUCAGGCUCCUGCUCCUCUCUGUCUGUGUCCCGGUCUGUGUAGUCUGACUCAGCAUAUGCUGUGGAGUAACUGGGACAUACAGUAUAUUGAGGAUCAUCUGUUAUUUAUGUAGGAUUUAUUUAGCUGGGAAAAGGUUGUAAAUAUAUUCAAGAAACCGCAAUUGCAAUUUCACACAACAGAGUAUUGAUUUGUGAAUAAUAUUGCUGUUUUAAAUGUUAAUUCACCCAAAUUGCUAAAAAAUAAAAAAUAAGUUCUAAAUGGUAAUUUGUUUUGUUUGUCCAGGUUUAUAGAUAAUGUCUCCUAGAUCUCUGCAUCCACCUCAAUAUUAUGAACGUCUAAAAUAAAAAAAUAUAUAUCUAUAACA